AUGUGGUGCGGCACGUACUGGCUGGCCGGAGAUGACGAUGAUGAGAAGGGGGAGUGGGCACGUUGCAGCUUCUUGCGCUACUUUUGGUGUCGUCCUGUGGUUGACGGUGGUGGCUGUGAGGGCAUGGCCGCCGGGAUCCCCUCGGACUCGGUCUCAGCCUCAGCGCCCUAAGACUCAGCCGGACGUGCCGUGCUUUUUCAUAUUUGGGGACUCGUUGGUGGAUAAUGGCAACAACAAUGGAAUCCUUACACUUUCCAGGGCCAACUACUUUCCUUAUGGUAUUGAUUUCCCUCAGGGCGUCACUGGUCGCUUCACCAAUGGUCGAACUUAUGUUGAUGUCUUAGCUGAACUAUUAGGGUUUCAGGAGUACAUUCCAGCUAACGCAGAAACUGGUGGCCCUGGUGUGCUUCGGGGUGUAAACUAUGCAUCCGGAGCGGCAGGCAUCCUGGACGAAACUGGAGACAAUCUGGGGGGUCAUGUGUCGAUGAGCCAACAAGUAGCCAACUUUGGACGGACAGUGGAGGAGAUGCGGAGUCUGUUCAGAGGGGACACCAACGAAGUGAAGAGGUACCUGGGGAAGUGCAUAUUCUACUCCGGCAUGGGAAGCAACGACUACCUCAACAAUUACUUCAUGCCCUCCUACUAUUCCACCGCCUCCCACUCCUCUCCUCAAGCUUUUGCCGCCUCCCUUCUCCGCCUCUAUUCUCGCCAACUCCGGGAAUUAUAUGAGUUGGGAGCUCGAAAGGUGGUAGUGACGGGUGUUGGACAGAUUGGGUGCAUUCCAUAUGAGUUGGCUAGAUAUAAUGGUGGCAGCGGUAGAUGCAAUGAGAGUAUCAACAACGCCAUACUUUUCUUCAACUCGGGGCUUCGAAAAUUGGUUACAGGCUUCAACAGAGGUCAAUUGCCGGGCUCAAAUUUUGUUUACCUUGACUCCUACCAGAGCUUCAAACAACUUGCUCAAAAUGCCAGGUCUUAUGGUUUCACGGUGGUAGACACAGGAUGUUGCGGAGUAGGAAAAAACAAUGGUCAGCUAACUUGUCUCCCUCUUCAACAACCUUGUGAAGACCACACCAAGUACAUGUAUUGGGAUGCCUUCCAUCCUACAGACGCUGCAAAUGUCAUACUUGCCAAUAAAUCAUACAGCUCCAUAACACACUCAUAUGCUUAUCCAAUAAAUAUACAACAGUUAGCAAAACUUUGAGAGAGUUGAAACCUUUUAAUGCUUAACUAGACACAAGCAAAAGGAAUAAUAGCAGUAUGGUUUAUGUGGUGUAUGUUGUGAUCCCUAGAUUUCUAUGUUCCAUGCACGUUUUUUAUUAUUGUUACAAGAAGCUUUGAUUAAUGAUGUUGCAAUCCCUAGAUUUCUUUGUUCCAUGCAUGUUUUUAAUUGGUGUUAUGAGAAGCUUUCAGUCC